CGCGAGCAGAGAAAAAGGCUCACGACUCCUCACCACCGACCAGAAUAACCAACCGUCUGAUCCCAAAGACGUUUUCUGAUUCAUGAGCAGACAAAAAAAUUCUUGACCUGAACAUCAGCGGAUUUAAAAAGGACUUGCCCAGCUACAGAGGAACUCUUAAUAAAUGAGCUGAAGUGUCAAAAGGAUUUCUUUCUCUUUUCGGUCUCCGGGUUUCUUCUUGUUGACGUGCAGUAAUGUCGCGUGCUUCACUGGACUCGAACAGCAUAUUCGCAGGCUGAUGAAACAUUUUGUCACUCCUUUUUAUUUGCUUUACUGCAACCCAGUGUGAAACCUGCAGAACAUCUCAGUAUAGUGCAGUGGUGAUGGACCUUCGACAUUUGGGUUAUGCAAGCUUUUGCAUGCCUGCUUCUGUGAAUGCUUCACUCCUGACUUUAUAAAGAGCGGUGGAUGCUCACAAUGUUUCCCCAUCUGUCUGAAUGAGGCAUGGCGACCAAACUGCGCCAAGUCCAAGAGUGUGUAUCUACACGUUCACACCUGUUCGGAUGGAUAAUGACAGUUUAUGCUACAGGUGAAUGAAUAUCGGCACAGUUUCUCCUGACAGCGAGCAUUUUGAAGCUGCUUUCUGACUCAGAACGAGCUUGUUGCUCAGUGAUAAUGGAUCUCAAAGUAGAAACCGAAGAAAUGGACACAAAUCAACCUCCACCCAUAGAAGUUUUUGCGAACAGCUCGACCCUGCAUGGAAUAUCUCACAUUUUCACAUAUGAGCGGUUCUGCAUCAAACGAUGCCUGUGGGUCGUGUGUUUCUUGGGGUCCCUGACCUUCCUGCUGUUCGUGUGCGUGGACCGGAUCCACUUUUACCUAGAGUACCCACAUGUCACCAAACUGGAUGAAGUCACGACCCCGAUCAUGACGUUCCCGGCGGUCACCUUCUGCAACCUGAACGCGUUCCGCUUCAGCCGCGUGACGCGAAAUGACCUGUACCACGCGGGGGAGCUGCUGGCCCUGCUCGAUCAGAGGUAUGAGAUCAGGGACGUGAAUCUCGUGGAGGAGAGUGUCCUUGAGAGCCUGAAGGUCAAAGCCAAUUUCCAUAAUUUUAAGCCACGACCCUUCAACAUGCGUGAAUUCUACGACCGCACCGGCCAUGAUAUCAACGACAUGCUGCUCGCCUGCCACUUUCAUGGCACUGUGUGCAGAGCGGCGGACUUCAAAGUGGUUUUCACUCGUUACGGGAAGUGUUACACCUUUAAUGCCGGCGGUGAUGGACGCACUCCCCUCUUCACCACCAAGGGGGGUAUGGGUAAUGGACUCGAGCUCAUGCUGGACAUCCAGCAGGAUGAAUACCUGCCUAUCUGGGCAGAAACAGAUGAGACUUCAUUUGAAGCUGGGAUCAAAGUUCAGAUCCACAGUCAGGACGAGCCGUCCUUCAUCGACCAGCUGGGGUUUGGGGUCGCGCCCGGGUUUCAGACGUUUGUUUCCUGCCAGGAACAAAGGCUGAUAUAUCUCCCCCCUCCCUGGGGAGACUGUAAAGUGUCUGCGAUGGAUUCAGACUUCUUCGACAGUUACAGCAUCACAGCCUGUCGCAUCGACUGUGAAACUCGAUACCUGGUGGACAACUGCAACUGCCGCAUGGUGCACAUGCCUGGCGACGCUCCUUACUGCACCCCCGAGCUGUACAAAGAAUGUGCUGACCCAGCUCUCGACUUCCUGGUGGAGAGAGACAACGACUUCUGUGUGUGUGAGACGCCGUGCAACAUGACCAGAUACAGCAAAGAGCUGUCCUUCGUCAAGAUUCCCAGCAAGGCCUCCGCUAAAUAUCUGGCAAAGAAAUACAACAAAUCUGAGCAGUACAUUAAAGAGAAUAUUAUGGUUUUGGACAUCUUUUUUGAAGCCCUCAACUAUGAAACUAUUGAACAGAAAAAAGCUUAUGAAGUGGCCGGACUUUUAGGUGAUAUUGGCGGUCAGAUGGGACUUUUCAUCGGAGCAAGCAUACUCACUAUUCUGGAGAUAUUUGACUACCUUUAUGAGGUGAUAAAGUACAAGCUGUGUCGCUGCUCUGAUAAAAAGCACAAGCACAACAACAACAACAACGACCAGGGGACGGUGCUGAGCUUAGACGACGUCAAGUGUCACGUCAGUAACUUUCAUUAGGCGGAGCUGCUGCACUCUCUCGUCUCGGAUUGGUUUUGUUGGACUUUGUUUGUUGCAGUUUUUCCAGACUGCAGGAUCAAACAGAGGGAAGUGUCUUAUCUGUGCCUGGCUGAGGUUUGUGAUGAGGGGAAUAAAGGCUUAAUCUGGUUGAAGAUAGGAGAAGCCACAGAGACAUCAGGGCAGCAUAAAGCAGAGAUCGAACAUGUUGCAUGGUCAUCUGUAAACAGCUUCUCAAGACAUAGUAACAGAUACAGUACAUGGGGGCAUGAACUGAGCUCAUAUGUGUUCAGUGAAUCAUUUGAAGCUGUGUUGCGCUGUUUGUGGAUUUGAAGGAGUUGUUGUGAAAUAAUUGAUGUGACAGGUUUGUUUUCUCACACAAAAGAUGUUUAAGUUAGAUUUUAAGGUAUUUGCAUGACAGUGCUUCACAUUCUUUUCACUUUUUACCUUCAAAUGAGCAUUUAUCGCUUUUGUUCCAGACUUUUCCACCAACUUUCCAUUCUUAUAUUGAUUUCACCCAACCUCCUCUUAUUGUCAGACGUCUUCCCUCGUUAGCAUUUUGCCAGUAUACUAUACUACCUCAUCUUGCAGGGUUGUGACAGCGCCCUUAAGAAUUUACAAGCCGAGCAAAUUAAUAAUAAAAAAAGGUUGUUUCAUCUUUAGAAAUGAGCACAACUGGUUGAAAAAACUAUAAAUCUGGCCUUAAAGUGAGCCCACGUAACAAUAGCUGAGCAGCACUCAUAGGUCUUUUUAUCAAAAGACAUUUUGACAUGUCACAGUAAGAAAAUAAAAGGUCUAAUUAAUGAAAUUGAUGAUGGGUGAUUUCCGUUAAGCUGCUUCAGUUUCAGCGUCCUGUUAUGUGCAUGUCGGCUCGCUAGCAAACUGUCAUAGCUAAAUGUGACAUUUGAACAGAACAGAGCCAUUAGUAAUAUUUUUAUAAUAAUAACACCUCUGUUGUUCCUGCAAUGACAAGUCAAAAUGUCUGUUGUGACAAAAUGAAGGGACCAUUACAAGAUAAAAGAAAAUGCUUGAAUGUAGUGUGAUGCAGCGGUUUCUUCGUUUGCUAACUUAGCCACCAUAAGUGGUUAAUGGUUAUACCUGGCCAAGUAAAGUAAAGCAACAAAACCCAUGUCAUAGUGUUCUAAACUAGAUAAGGGAUAUUUGGGAAAUACACUUAAUUUCUUUCUUGCUUAGAGUUUGAUAAGAAGAUUGAUACGACUUGUGUACCACUACCUGGCUAGCUUAGCACAAAGAGAGAAAACCACUUUAAGCAACAAAAAGCUAAAGCUCACAAAUUAAUAGGUUUUAACUCAUUUUUUUACAAAUUUAGUAAAACAACAACCACAAAGUUUUGUUUCUUUUUACCCUUUAAUAAAAAUGUAGAGCCAAGCUUGCUGUUUCCCUCUAUGGUCAGUGUUUUUGCUAAGCUAAGCUAACUGGCAACUGACUGUGAGAGUGGAAUCAAUCUUUUCAUCCAACAGGUGCAUAAUUCCCAAAAUGUGACAACAAUUGAGCUAAAACAAGUUAUUGAACAUGAAAAAGAGAUGGGUGUUUACACAGAAACAAAAAUAAAAGUAAACAAACCAUAUUAUGAACAAAUGUCUAAAGAGUUCUUCUCCAUGUGGUGCUACAAACGGAAAGAUUUGCCUUCAAAUUUCCAUUAAAUGACAAUCACUGUAAGAAUAUUUCCUGGCUAAAGUGCAAAAGGGACAUUAAUUUUAGGGAGUGUCGGACGUCUUUCUAUAUACAGUCUAUGAUUUUUACACAUAGAUGCUGUUUAUCACAAUUAACCUUCAGUGUUCGUUAACAUGGUAAGAUAAAAGUACUUAGUAUAAAUAUGUUGAAUGUGUUUUGCUAUCGUUUAGGGCCCUACAUUGCACGAAGCAUUGUACAGUAUGGGUCUUAAACUGACAAAUUAAUGGUUUUCAUCUGUCUGUGUGUAUGUGUGUGUGUGUGUGUGUAUGUGUUUGUUAACAAAGUUGCCUGAUUCAGAAGUGGAAAAAUAGGAAUUGCUACCCUUGUAUUCAAACCACUGUAUAUGUAAUCAGUUGGGCUGUAAACAUGUCAUUGCAUGUUUAAAUCUGUCUUUAUUCUGACUCUGUUUACAAAGAUCAGACAACAUUUUGUCGCCGUUUAUCGAGAUACACUCAUUCCCAUUGAGCUCAAUGUUAUUCUUAACAGGAAAUUGGAAUUGUAUAGCGAUAUAAUGUCAUUAUUAAGCACAACCAUGCCAUUAACUAUAUUAUAAAUACUGGAUAAUAUUAUCAUUGUAUUAGUCUGAUGUAGGAAAUAUUGUACUUGUUGAAUUUAUUUAAUAUGAACUAGCUCUGUGUCUCUUUUUCUUUACAUAUGAUUGUAGGUUCAUUUAUCAAAGUAUAUCAAAUAUAUAAGUAUGACUCUUUUUUUGUGUGUGUUGCUACAGUAAGAGCGGCUUCUUCUGUGUUGGAUGGUUGUUUUUCUAGCGUCUGCUGCAUGAGGUCAUGCAUCUCAGUAGGUCAAGUCCACAGGGUGUCCUUCUUUCAGGUUGUGUUUUAUAUUUUGCCUCCAAUUUUUAUUUUUUAUCUUGAGAUAUGAAUUGAUUAUUUCAGUCUGGUGUUGUAAAAAUAAAUAAUGGACUUGAUUUCAGAUUUCCACGUAUAUCAUUUUCGGCAUUGCUAGCGUUGUGGUUCUGGGAAAUCCAAUGUCCCAACUGAGACAUCUUAAAAACUUCCAAAUUUCCAAUAAUUUAUUCAAACAAAUUCAUGUUUUCUAGAAAAUAUCCCUGAAUUGCUAUGGUGGUCCUUUUCCUCUAGUGCCACAAAGAGGUUGACGUUUGUGGAUUUGAGUAAAAUGUCUCAACAACAUUUUUAAGGAUUGCAAUAUCACCUCAAGAUACUUAAAAUGUUAAGAUAUGGCUAGAUGGCACAGUGACUGUAGCCUUAUUGUGAAUUACUUCAUGAACUCAAAUAUUUGAGUUUAUGAUA